AUGGAUAUUGGCAGUGGUGCUGUGCUGUGGCUGGGGUGGGCAUCGGUGAGGGCAUCACGCCCAUCCCGCUUGCGCCGACGGCACCGGACACACGCUCGAGGAUCCCGGGCCAGCCUGCGCUCACCCACAAAUGGGAGCUUGCUGGAUAGAACAGUGUACAGGAGCAUUCGUGUGGCCCAAGUUUGGCACCUCCAUUUUGAAUCCACACUGACAAGUGGUCUGGAGCUGAGCUUUGCACCUCAUCCGAAAACUGGCACCCAGUAUUACGUGCCUGGUUGCCAGCAAAGGGAAGAGGUACCUGGUCAGGCUGAUGUGCCUCUCUCAGUCCUAAGUACUCCAUGGGCUUCAGCAGCCUCCAUCCUUCUGGGCCAGAGACCUAAAAAGCACGAAGGGCACGUGGGUGGUAUCGAAGUGGCUGAAACUCGUACACCUGCAGAGCGUGAUGCUGAAGGUGGAGAGGAACAGCUGGAAAGAGACAGGAAUGCUGCGAGAGGCCGCAGCAAGGCGGGUGCCACAGUGGUUUGUUGGUCCCCCACGGAUGCUGUGCAUCUGGCCGAAUCGGCACUGCCAGGGCUGCUCCUCGCCCUGCAGGGUCCUGCAUCUCUCAGCUGGGGGCUGCCAGCCCUUGCCUGGCGCCCACUCUGUAGGGCGGAGUACAGCUGCCUGCUGGUUCCCUGCCGCUGCCCUGGGGCACUCAGUGCACCCCCCAAUCUGCGGGAGGGCUGCCUGGCUUCUCCCGGGCGCUCGCUACAUGGUUACUUAGAAAGCGAGCCGCUCACGCUACAGCUGUUCAUUGGGACUGCAGACGACCGCCUGCUGCGACCCCAUGCUUUCUACCAGGUUCAUCGAAUCACCGGGAAGACCGUUUCCACCACCAGCCACGAAACAAUACUUUCCAACACCAAAGUCCUGGAAAUUCCACUUCUUCCAGAGAACAACAUGAGAGCAAUCAUCGACUGUGCCGGGAUAUUAAAGCUCCGAAACUCUGACAUCGAGCUGCGCAAGGGAGAGACGGACAUCGGUCGGAAGAACACGCGUGUGCGGCUGGUCUUCAGGGUUCAUAUCCCGCAGGCCAACGGCAGGACCCUCUCCUUGCAAGUAGCCUCCAACCCCAUCGAAUGCUCUCAGAGAUCUGCCCAAGAACUGCCUCUGGUGGAGAAGCAAAGUACUGACAGCUUUCCUGUUAUUGGAGGGAAAAAAAUGAUACUGACUGGCCAUAACUUUCUGCAAGAUUCCAAAGUCAUCUUUGUGGAGAAAGCACCAG